GGGAGUGAUCUCGGGCGGUACGCUCGAGGAGUGGAAUGCCAACAGCAUCGAUCGGCAUGUCAUUCGCUUCCUAAGUCGUCCAAACAUGCGUUCUCGAUAUAUAUGUGUUCUAAACUGGCGGUUCCCUUCGACUCGCCGUGUGUGAGGCAACUGGGCGGAGGAAGAAGGUGGUUCUUCUUCUUCGUGGAGUCCACGCUCGAGAGGAAUUGUAAAGCUGUUGGGCUUCUUCCCCCGGCAGAAAGAGAUGUUGACAGUCAGGAAGUUCCACCAAGGGGCAUUUCCUUUCAGGGUUUUCUCAAAACAGACACGUGACAUCUAUUUAACUAGAAUUAGUUGGUUUGGCCUUGAUGUACUGGGAAGUUGUCAACUAGAGAUUGGAGCUUUCGCCAAAGUCACGAGGAGAACCUAUUUUCAUAGACUUGCGCAUAUGGCUACUGACAUUUAUCAGAAUGGUUCAAAUGGUAAUGCACAACAUGAUCCUCAAAGGACCUAUCAAGUGGUUGUUGCUGCUACUCGAGAUAUGGGUAUUGGGAAAGAUGGGAAUCUGCCUUGGAAGCUCCCGUCAGACCUUAAAUUUUUUAAGGAAGUCACAAUGACCACUUCAGAUCCCUCAAAGAGGAAUGCGGUGAUAAUGGGUAGGAAGACAUGGGAAAGUAUUCCACCACGGAACAGGCCUCUCCCUGGUCGAUUGAAUGUCGUGCUGACUCGCUCUGGAAGUUUUGAUAUUGCAACAGCUGAGAAUAUCCUUAUGUGUGGAAGCUUGAAUUCUGCCUUAGAGCUACUAGCAGCCACCCCUUAUUGUUUGUCUAUUGAGAGAGUGUUUGUCAUAGGUGGUGGUCAGGUGCUAAGGGAAGCGCUUAAUGCGCCUGGAUGUGAAGCCAUUCAUUUAACAGAUAUUGAGACAUCCUUCCAAUGUGAUACGUUCAUCCCUCCAGUAGAUUGUUCUGUAUUUCGGCCAUGGUACUCAUCCUUUCCAUUGUUGGAGAACAGCAUUAGGUAUUCUUUUGUGACAUAUGUUCGUGUACAAAGCUCAGGUACUGAGCCUCACGCUACACGUGAUGGGGAAGUGGUAGAUUGUAAGUCAAUCAAAGAUAAGUUUAAGGUUGAGAGGUUCCUGUUUCUACCUAAGCUUAUUUAUGAAAGACAUGAAGAAUAUGCAUAUCUUAGGCUUGUCAAGGAUAUCAUUGCAAAUGGUGCUAGAAAGAAUGAUAGAACAGGGACUGGGACACUAUCUAAAUUUGGUUGUCAGAUGCGGUUUAAUUUGCGGAGAUCUUUUCCAUUGCUCACAACCAAGAGAGUUUUUUGGCGAGGUGUCGUUGAAGAACUCUUGUGGUUUAUUAGUGGUUCAACAAAUGCAAAGGUUUUGCAGGGAAAAGGCAUUCAUAUAUGGGAUGGCAAUGCAUCAAGAGAAUACCUUGACAGUGUUGGCUUAACUCACAGGGAGGAAGGAGAUCUAGGGCCUGUUUAUGGGUUUCAAUGGAGGCACUUUGGUGCUGAGUACACUGACAUGCAUGCUGACUAUACUGGGGAAGGAUUUGAUCAAUUAUCAGCCAUAAUAGACAAAAUUAAGAAUGAUCCAGAUGAUCGCCGAAUGAUUCUUUCAGCUUGGAAUCCCUCAGAUCUCAAGAAAAUGGCUCUUCCUCCUUGUCAUAUGUUCGCACAAUUCUACGUGGAGAAUGGGGAGCUGUCAUGCCAAAUGUACCAACGGUCCGCAGACUUGGGUCUCGGUGUGCCAUUUAACAUCGCAUCAUACUCCCUUUUAACAUGCAUGAUUGCUCAAGUCUGUGAUCUUUUGCCUGGAGAUUUUGUCCAUGCUAUCGGAGAUGCUCAUGUUUAUAGCACUCAUGUAAGACCGCUGGAGGAGCAGCUUCAAAAGCAACCAAAACCGUUUCCGGUUUUGAAGAUGAACCCACUGAAGAAGGACAUAGAUUCCUUUGUGGCAUCAGAUUUUGAGCUCGUUGGAUAUGACCCUCACAGCAAGAUAGAAAUGAAGAUGGCAAUUUAGACCCCUGAGCUUUCUCGGCAGUUAGAGAACAGAACAGAGCUUUCUUUUCUCUUCGAGAAUCUUUUUGUGCAUCAAAUUAGUGUUGUGUGGUAUCACAAAUCUCAUUCUCGUUUUGUGGACCGAUCAGAGAUUGGUGACAUUGCUUUGGGUGAUUUGAUUUGACCAGACAAUAGAGACUUUUGAUUCAAGGA